AUGGGCUGCGUGAGGCCUGGUGCGCUGCCUUGUCUCGGGGCCGCUAGAGGGCCAGAGGGCCUAGCACUGCGACCUGCCAUCCCGUUGGUUCAUCGCAGCAGUACGACGCUGCUACCGAGAGGUACUUGGCCCGCGGCGCCCUCAGAGUACCCGCCGUACCGCUGUGCCACCCGCCACCAAAAACCUCACAGCGACAAAGCUGCAACACCACAGCCGGCCUUUCAACCAAACGCCGUGCCACCUCCCUCAACCUCCCUCCGCGCCCAUCCAUCACCACCGCCGCCAGAGUCGCUUCCCUCAUGUCUCUGGGCCUUUGUCGGGGCAUCUGGCCGCUGCUUCACCCUUGGAUCGCCUGCUCUGCCGCCCGCCCGCCCGCUGCCCGGCGCUGCGUCUCGCCCAGCUGAGCGACGAGACCAAGAGUCACUCCUCCUCAUUGUGCGCAAUCAUCGACGCUCGUUGACAGAUCUCCCCGACUUUGGCGCCAUCUGCGAAUUUCGAGCUUGCUCCGUUGCAUUCGCUCACGCCCCUCGCCCUCGCCCUCGCCCUCGCCCUCGCCCUCGCCCUGCUCUCGCUUCACCACCCUCUCUUCUCUUGCCUCCCUUUCGGGGGCCGAAUCCAUCGCUCGUUGCGCCCUCCGUCCAUCUGGGCAAUUCGCCGUCUCGCUGA